CCAUUACGCAGAGGUCUUUACUCCAUGUUCGCUGUAGACGCUCGUACGCAGCACAGCUACCUAGCUCGCUAGCCAAGAGUUUACGGAGCUUUAUUUGUGAUAUUUCCUUGCUCACUGUAACGUCGCAAUGGCACAGUACAAAGGAGCGGCCAGCGAGGCUGGGAGGGCCAUGCAGCUAAUGAAAAAGCGCGAAAGAGAGCGAGAGCAGCUGGAGCAGUUGAAGCAGAAGAUAGCGGAGGACAACAUGGUGAAAUCCAACAUUGAUAAGAAGUUUUCUGCUCACUAUGACGCUGUUGAGCAAGAGCUAAAGUCGAGUACAGUGGGACUGGUAACCCUGAAUGACAUGAAAGCGAAGCAGGAAGCCCUGGUGAAGGAGCGGGAGAAACAGCUGGCCAAAAAGGAGCAGUCCAAAGAGCUUCAGCUAAAACUGGAGAAACAAAAGGAGAGGAAGAGAAAAGAGGAGCAAAAGAGGAAAAUUGCUAGUUUGUCUUUUAAUCCGGAUGAAGGGGAAGAUGAGGAGGAGGAGGAGGAGGAGGAAGAGGAGGAGGAGGAGGAUGAAGAAAAUGAGGAAGAGGAAGAAGACUUUGUCCCAGUAAAGAAGAAGAAACUGGGGAAGAACCCUGAUGUGGACACCAGCUUUCUACCAGACAGGGAGCGAGAGGAGGAGGAAAAUCGCCUGAGGGAAGAACUUCGACAAGAAUGGGAGCGAAAACAGGAGAAGAUCAAAGGUGAAGAAAUCGAAAUCACAUUCAGUUACUGGGACGGGUCUGGACACCGGAAAACAGUCAAGAUGAAGAAGGGUAAUACAAUUCAGCAGUUUCUCCAGAGGGCCCUGGAGGUCUUGCGGAAAGACUUCAGUGAGUUGAGGUCUGCAGGGGUGGAGCAGCUUAUGUACAUCAAGGAGGAUUUGAUCAUCCCACAUCACCACAGCUUUUAUGACUUCAUCGUGACGAAGGCGAGAGGCAAGAGCGGGCCGCUCUUCAGUUUUGAUGUUCACGAUGACAUCCGGUUGGUGAAUGAUGCCACUGUUGAGAAAGAUGAGUCCCAUGCAGGUAAGGUGGUUCUGAGGAGCUGGUAUGAGAAAAACAAGCACAUUUUCCCGGCUAGCCGCUGGGAGCCUUAUGACCCUGAGAAGAAAUGGGACAAGUACACUAUCCGGUGAAGACACUUCACAUCCAUGAGAAAUUGAGAUUUUGUGAAUAUAUAUUGGUAGUAUUUGUGUACAGUUUCUUUUUAUUUUUUACAAUAGGUAGGUUUCAAAUAUGUAAAACCUAAAUUCUUGGUUUGAUAUUGAGUAUCUGUACUACUAAUACUUUUUAAGUCUCACUUUGUCUAAGAGUCACUGGUAGGCAGUGUGGAGGUCAUACUGUAUUGUACCAUCUUAAGUCCUACCUUGUACACGUGAUAUAAAAUGAUCUUGUAACAAGUAAAAUUAAGGGAGGGUGUGGGUACCAUUGUUGUAAAUGCUUAAUGAUGUUUCUAGAAAGCCCACUGCAUACAUUGCUGUCUUCUUUGUGUCAAGGCUUUGUCAUAAGUAAAUUCAUUUUAAUAAAUGUCACAGAUGAUCAGA